GCGCUGGCAAUUUGUAGGCGUUCAAUAUUUAUAACUACGCUUUAAGGCAAAUAUCGAUUAAGAAAUAACAAACGAACGAGUGAUGAACAUGUUAGGUGACAAAGUGGUUGUGUUUCUGUUGUAUUCUUUGACGACAUACUGCCGUGUUUCUUCAACGGAGGUACCCAUAAUUACCCGCGAUACUUACGACUUGCUACAGUAUCCAAAAUGCAAUGGGAAAAGUGUUGAGGAUUUUCAGUGUGAUGGGAACUCUGAACGAGUUGAAGGUGACGAUCGCAAGAAGACAUGUCAGUGUAAAUGCAAAAGGGGUUAUUUGACCUAUCGUGAUCCCCAAGUUGAAUAUGACGUUCUAGAAGGAUACAAGUAUAAGGUUGGAAAGAGAGGUUGCGUUUGGAACGGGAUCUCCAGAGAAGGUUGUCACAAUCUUCAAAUGGAGGAAAAACUGAUGUAUAAUAACAAUACCAAAUUUUCAGCACCUAUUAUUCUUGAUCUUACGGAGGCUGGAAGUAUAAUCCUAACGAAGGAGGGUCUUUUAAUUGAAGGUGGAAGCUAUUGUUUUGAUCCUUACGUUCGAAUACCUGGUAAAAACCAAUGGGAAAAAGUUGAAAACAUUCAUUUCGAUCUGCAACGCGUAACAGGACGUCCGGAUAAAUAUAAGUUAUCGUGGACAUUGAGUGGUAAUCAGUUUAUCUAUGCCUAUCAGGGUCUGGUAAUGAAACUGAAUUUCUCUGUGUGUAGCCAGCAGUCUCUUGUCUACUGUAUGAUUGCUAAAGUCGCCGGAACAUACACUGGACAUAGCAAUUGUAAACAUCGGACAGUAAACAAUCGUUGCUGUAUAUUUCCCUUCGUCUAUAACGGAAAAGUACACAAUAAAUGCGUCAGUACUUCAGACAUGCCUGGAGGGACCUGGUGUGCGGUUAGCUUGAACCCAUCGGUAACAACAGGAAACCAUAAAUGGCGAGAAUUUUGCUCAACUUCGACGACUACACCCAGUUCUCUAACCACCAGACCGCCAUCUAGACACCCACCGAUCAUCCACUCACCACCACCUAUGGAGAAGAAAACCACCCCCAAGCAACAUAUCAAAACUGAACCCCACCCUGCCCAAAACUCCAAGUUGCCAAAGGACAUAUACGCUGUCACUGUUACUGUUACCCAAACCUGCGGAGGAAGCAGCAAAGCUGUCCCGACAAUUGUUUCAGGGAAAAGGACUGGUGGGUCAGACUCCAAUACUGGAUUGAUCGUAGGAAUUGUGUGUGUUGUUGUGUUUUUGGUGAUCGUCGUUGCAUUGGUGGCAUUUUGUCUUCGACGACGAAGAUCCACCAGGAGGAACAGAAAAUCUCGUCCAAAGAAGUCAAUUUCUAGAGAAGAUCUUGCAGAAUCACCUUACGCGUCGUUCUAUAGUAAAGGCACGCCAAUAAACACUUUAAAUCACCUCAACCAUGGAUAUCAACAAUCGAUUGAACUUACAGAAGAUCAAGCAGCAGCUAUAGUCAGGCGGAGCUACCUGAAAGACAGUUUGAAUGGCGUUGGCAAUCAUCACUAUGAUACUGUGGAAAAUGGGAGUCGCCAGGGCAAGGGACUAUCUUGUCCUAUCUAUAGCAUGCCAGAGGCAGAUUAUUCACUUAUUAUGGAGCAAAGGCAAACUAAGAUUGACAGGAAUCUUCCACCAGUGCUUCCAGUUUUCCUCUCGGGUAGAAGAGUAGAUCCCACCAGGCAUCUGUAUUCUGUGUUAGAGCGAGAUCACGAUCCAUUCCGGAACCCAGAACCCACAGACAAUGAUUCGGUGUUCGUCGAGGCUAACCCUCUCUAUGGUACAACCACACGUUACAAAAUGAACCAAGGCAUGAGAGUUAAUGAAGGAGGUUUAGCUGAAGCCAACCCAUUGUAUGGAACUAUUACUGGAUUCGGCCGAAAAAAACCACCACCUCCAUUGCCGCCAAGACUGUACGAGGACCCGCUGGAAAUUGUCCCAACAAGAAAUGAUCGUCCUGGGCUAGGCGAGGCUGAUAUUUAAAAUGAACCAAUCACGGACAGCAAUUGCGGCAUUGCGCAAUACUUUGAAUUGCACCGUCCUAGUAUAGGUAGCGAGUGUGGCGACUUUUUACACAAGUCUUUCAAUCGGUCGCCAUCCUUUCUCGGGAUAGGUAUAGUAUACUAAAAUUAAAGUAAAUCGAAGUCUCGUCAUUUCAUUAAAUAUUUGAUUAUUUAUAACGGUAUGCUAAAAGAUGUGGGGUUAAUUUUUAAAUUCUAAGGGUAUUGGUUAUCUACGAUCGAUGAUAAUAAAUCUGCUAUUAUAUUUUUGCCUAGUA